CCUCUCCCUCCUCUCCCUCCUCUCCCUCCUCCUAUCCAGCAUCUUACCUACCUGCUGAUCCAUACUCUGGCUCCCCUCGGCAACGCCCGAAGCAUCUGUACUUCUUCACCACUAUCCCUUCCAUCACCAUGACGAGCCCCCUCUGCGCCAUUCGCCGUCUCGUCGCCGAUACCCGUAAUAGGUGCGUGCGGUCCCGGGAGGACGAGGGGAGUAUCGACGGCAGCCUCCGCCCGAUAGCGCAGAAUCCCGACUGCGCCCUCCUCCAACUCCCGGUCGAUGUCAUCUUGCUCAUAUCGCAAGCGCUUUCGUCGGCUAGCCGGGCCCUCCUCUCCCAGACUUGCUGCUCGCUGCGCGCUGUUCUUGGCAGCCAUUCGGCAGCGACGCUCGAGCGCCACCAGCGCCUGGAGUAUCUAGCUGGAGUCGCCCGCGACCUCCCCGAACGGUGGGUGUGUGAGGCGUGCGUCAAGCUCCAUCGUGUCGUCAACCUCGACACUCCCAAAGAACCGCAGCAUAUGUCUUGCCCUCUGGGGUGGGAUUCGUGGCGCCACCGUGCGUACCAUUAUAGAAGGCACCGGUUGGACUCUCGUUUAGUCCGACUGGAUCACCGGCACGUCCAGCUUGCCCUCAAGUACACGCGCUUGCGGGAUGAGGGUCACCGCGAAUAUCUCCAAAAGUUACUGGAACCCUAUCGCGACGACAACUUCGUCACGCACAUAUACCCAUGCCGGCCCGGUGUGCUGGCCGCCCGAUAUUUGGUCUAUCCCAAGGUUGUCGUGGGUGCGGACAACAACCUGAGGUACAUGACUCUGUCUACUUGGCUAUACCAUACGGACAUCGAGCCGAUAUCGCCCUUUGCCGUCGGAGACCUUUAUGUUUGCCCCCACCUGUGCUUCCUCCACAGCCUUUGGCUCAAGUUUGGGCCGGUAGGUCGGGUCGGCGCCGUCAUUCAUGCCGCGCUUGAGACCCAAGGUGCUAGCGGAGAGCUGUUCGGUGCCUGUCCCCGCUGUCACACUGACUUCUCGGUGCGCGCCUCCCAGGACCAUGUCGAGCUAUCGGUUUGGCAAGAUCUCGGACCCGAGGGCCACCCGGAAAACCCGGCGUGGCUGUCCCAGAACAACAUGGUUCGCCAGGAGACGUCAAAUGCCAACCUCGAGGCUCUAGCCCUUGCACACGAACCGGGCAGUGUUCGGAGGCUUUAUUAUAGUGGCGGUUGCGAAGCCGGCAACCUAUUACGCCUGCACGAUCAAAAACGGGACGGGGGCAAUUGAAAACUUAGCGAAAAACCAGGAAGCGUCUGCUGCUUUAAGUGUAUUACCUUUAGGCGUAUUUCGACUAACCUAAAACCAGCUUGAUUAACGUUAGAAGAGUAGCGGUGACCACUUGCGUAGCGGAGGAGCCGGCAAGGAGGAGGAGGAGGAGCCACAAUGUAGUUUAGGUAUGUCUCGCCCGAAAUGCAAAUGUGAUACUGCUUGUCGGGUGUGUUUUCGGGUUCGAGAAAUGGCGCUCGCCCGCAAUUCGUCCUCUCCAUCUGGGGCGCCGCCUCCCACGUGCCACCGGGCUGGCUCUUUGUCUCAUCCUGCGAUCACUCUGCCAGCCGAAUGACCCGAACGACCCGACUCCGCCACUGCAGUUUGCAGUUUGCUUGUUGUUUCGAAUAUACCUACGUCGUCGUGCGGCAGCCAGCGGCAGCGAAUGCGCGUAUGUUCC